GGCGUCUCAGUGUCGUCGCGACGACCGACGUCGUACCCGUCGUUCCGGCGUCGACGUGCUCCUUCUUGCACGGUUGAUUCGCGAUCAAGCGUAAUUCACCGACCAUUCUUCGUUCCGACGCGUCUUCGUUCUCUCGCCAUCGCCAUUUUCGGCCAUUUUCUGCCUCGUUGAAAUAAUUAUUGUUAAGAAUAAGCAGAAAACGCGUGGAUAAAUUUUCUAGUCGUAUAUACGUGGUAUAAAAUCGUUGUAUAAAAUCGAUCGUUGGAUCGAAAGGUUCGAUAUCGAUAGUGGAUCGAGAAGGGUACAGUGGAUUGGCAGGCGACCAGAGUGGAUCAGUGUCGUUCGAGCGAUCGACUCGGUGAAACGAUCGACCAUCACGGUGGGAGGAGAAACGCGUCUCGGUGAUCGGAUGCAGACUGAUUGGCUCCUUGGAGGAGGAUCAGCUGAUCGUGUGUUAGCUGGAAUAUAACGUGUCGAUCGUUUUAGUUGUUACGAGUAAGUAUUUGGGAGAUUGGACGAGCGUCGGUGGCUUUCGAAACAUUUGGAUUUUAAUGGAAAAGGAUAUUUUUUGAGACCCAUCCUCGAGGAUCGAAGAUUCGCCGGGUAGACCCACCGGAGUCUCCCCCCUCCCCCCUCCCCCGAGGAAGCCAAUAAAUCCUCGAGAGUACGCAGACGACGAAGAGAGAAGAGAGAAACCCUUUACCUCUCUGCUUGCUCGAGCAUGCUAACGAGACGCAACCCAGGAAGAGACUUAACCUCUCCAAGAUAAAAAAGAAAAAAAAGAAAAGAAGGAAAAGAAACUGAAAACACUCGUGAGAAGAAUUCGAGAGGAGGCGAGGAAAGAAGAAUCGGUGAAGAUUUAAAUCGACCGAUUGUGGUCGAUUCUUCUGGGCGAAACAGGGAGGGAGGGAGAAGGAGAGAGAGAGAGAGAGAGAGUGGUGCAGAUGAGGCCACGAUCAAUCUGCGAUAGGGUGGCGGAGGAGUAUUACGAGCCUGACGGUUGUUACUGCGAGAAUCGGUGCUUCUGACAGCCGGACGGCAGGAGGGACAGACAGACGGUAGUGUGCCACAGCAGCCGCAGUGCUUGCGAAUACUCGAUGGAUGAGUUCCAUCCAUUCAUUGAGGCCCUUCUACCAUUCGUGAAGUCUUUCUCGUACACGUGGUUCAACCUACAAGCCGCCAAGAGGCGUUACUACAAGAAGCACGAAAAACGGAUGAGUCUCGAAGAGGAACGUCAGUGUAAGGAGGAGCUUCAGAACGAGAAGCUGGAGGUGAAACAGAAAUGGGCCUCGCGGCUUUUGGGCAAGUUGCGAAAGGAUAUCACGCAGGAGUACAGAGAGGACUUCGUGCUGAGCAUAACGGGGAAGAGGCCGGCCAUGUGCGUCCUUAGUAAUCCUGAUCAGAAGGGUAAAAUGCGCCGCAUCGACUGCCUGCGUCAGGCCGAUAAGGUAUGGAGGUUGGACCUAGUAAUGGUGAUCCUCUUCAAGGCAAUUCCGUUGGAGUCGACGGACGGGGAACGGCUGGAGAAGACUGCGGAAUGCGCUCAGCCGGGCCUCUGCGUCAACCCCUAUCACAUCAACGUCUCCGUCCGGGAACUCGAUCUCUACCUCGCCAAUUUUAUCACCAGCCACGAGGUCCUAAACGGCAUCUGCAACGCGAGCAAGGAGGAAGAGAGGCGGCGAAAAGGUGCAGGCUACCACGAACUAUAUAACGGUGUUGUCUGCAAUGACACGAUUCUAGCGACAGGUGUCUUCAGCUCGAAGGAGCUUUGGAUGCUUUCAAAAGCGUCCAUACUGCAUGACCUCAGCGACAUGCAGCCUCAAAUAAACGCGAUCAAAAUAGAGCACCCGCCGUACUACUGCAGCAGCUACACCCCUCCGUCCGCAGCCACGGCCGCGGAUCAUGCUCAGCCAGCGGCUAGCUUCAGCCCGCCACCGGUGCAUCAGCUCAUAAGGAACGACAAGACUGAAAAGCCUCCGACGGUAUCCGUGUCGAGCGCGCCGACAUUCUCGCCGGUGCUCAGGCCCGAGGACGGUCACCGUGGAAUGGACUCGCCGCACUCGCAGACGGGAUUGCACUCUCCCCACGAAGGACUGGCCGGUGGCUCCGGUCAAGCCAUGUCCGGCCUCGCCUACUACCAGCCGGAACAUCCUGCCUCCACGGGGGUGGUCAAGUACCCCGAGAACGGUCACGACACCCUGUCGGAUUUCGUGACGUUCGUCUGCCAGGAGGCCGAGAAUACCCAGCAACUGCCCCAGGCGCAGCUAGCCGGACCCCGGACUGGUAUACAAAAGUUCUCACAGUAUUAUCCGAGCUCGAUGCUGCCCCCGCCCCCCCCUGCCCCGAUGGCGAGGCCCGUCGCCAUUAUAAGGUCGACGGGAGAAUUGACGGCGGCGAGCUCGAACUCGCCCCCCACCUCUUCCACCUCGCCCACGGACCCGGCCGAGCUGGCGUCCAAUCAGGAGCAAAUGGCCGCCGCGGCGGCGGUGGGACUGGUCAGUUCCGGUUGCCAGAGCUCCGUGGAUCCGGCCGGAAGGAAGAGCCCCGCGAGGAUCCUCGUCACAGCGCCCCACACCAGCCGGGAGUAUACGUUUGCUCAUUUUCACUCUCAGCCUGGACAGCAAAUAUUCACGUAUCCUACGAUCAGCUCGAUGUCGGGGGUCAUCUCCCCGACUAACCUGUCCCUGUUCUCGUCCCCCGUCUCGGUGACGAGGCCUGUGGCCACACAGAGAUCCGUUUCCAACGUGCCGCCGCGUUGGAACACGGCGCCGUUCAUCAAUCUCGAGGACGAUUACAACAUGAUCGCUCCUAUCAUCACUGGGACAGCCAGCGAGCCCCCCUCCACCAUGGACGAAGACCGAUACUUCCAUCCAGUGCACACGAGCAGCGUGGUGGACAAGAGCGGGGCCGGUAACUUGAUGGGGACGGAUCUGGGCGUGGCCACCGAUCCGACCUCGCACCACCAUCAACAGGCCCAACAGCAGCAGCAACAACAGCAACAACAGCAACAGCAACAACAACAACAACAACAACAAGCUCAACAACCGCCUCAACAAGCUGGCCAACAGCAGCAACAGCAGCAGCAGCAGCAACAAGUGAUGCAGGACAAGAGCGGAAGACCCAAGUCUCCCCCGUGACACUGGAGGCUUAGAGCGGAUAGCGUGGAGAAGCUCGCGUGUUCCACGGGGUCGUUACUCACCGGCGCGAUAUACGAUAAUUGUUACCCUGAGCCGGAUGGGAAUCGUCAGGAUUCCUCGUGUCGUGUUCAGCUUCGCGACCUAAGCCUGCGGAGAAUCGAGUGCCUGAGAGUCUGAUCGUAGUUUAAGGGGGUUAAUAAUGGCAGCGUCGAGGGGGGAGGGGGGGAUCCCGCUUCCGGUCCCUCCUCGAAAGGGGGGAGGGCCGAACCCUCGCCGAGGGAUUCAAGGGGGCGAGUUGUUUCUUAUUCGUUCCUCGCCUAGGAUCGGUGCCUUUCCACGCUUUACGAGUCAUCUUUCUUCUCGCUUUCUUCCUUUCUCUCUCUUCUUCUUAUAUUUAGUGAAGGAUUGAUUUUUAAUAAUUGGGUUUAUUGUAAAAAAAAAAAAAAAGGAGAAUAGACUUUUAAAAAAUUUUGUUACGUUGGAUGUAAUAGAUCCUUUAUAAGGAUAAGGAAGAUUUUUUCUUUUUAAUUUUUCCGCGAAAAGGGAAGGAAGGAAAGGCUCCGUCCUUGAAGGAGGGGAUUAGCGUUUCGGUCAAUUAUCACUUCCGCUCCACCGGAAGCGUCCGUUCUCCUCUCUCGACGCUCCGUUAAUUUCUGACUCUUUCUCUCUCUCUCUCUCUCUUUCUCUCUCUGUCUCUAUCUCUCUAUGUCUCUAUCUCUGUAUCUAUCUAUCUCUUUCUCUCUCUCUCUCUCUCUUUCGAGUGUCCUCGGCGGACGUGAGUAAGGACCCCUCAUCUCGUCUCCUAAUUAAGAAAUCGUCUCCCGAUCAUCGCCGAUCGGUCCGUUUCGACCGAUGAUAAAUAAUAAUAAUAAUAAUAAAAUAAUGAUAAAAUAAUAAUGAUAAUAAUAAUAAUAAUAAUAAUAAUAAUAAUAAUAAUAAUGAUCCGUAGACAAUUUAAAUUUUGAACGAAGAAACGAAGAGAAAGGAAGGAAAGCGACGAGAAAAGAGCGCGAACGUGGAAAAGAGGAAAGGAGGAAAAGUACCGAAGUGUGUGUACAGUUUUCCCGCGCGAUUUUAUAAAACCGACCGUCUGUUUCCUAAUAAUUAUUAUCCGCUUUCGAGACCCUUCCGAAACGUGUGUUUUUGUAUAUAUACACGCUCGUGGUAAUUUUGUAAAAUUAUAAAUGGGUACGUGUAGAUCUAGUCUACGAAGGGAGGAAAAAGAGAAAAAAAAAAAAGAAAAAAAAAAGAAAAAAAACGAGAGAGGAAAAAAAAUAAAAAGAGGAAGAAAAAAAAAAAACACGUAAUUUGCUGCGCUCUUCGAGGAGAAGGAUUAAACGACGAAGCAAAGAGAUUGAAGAAAAGAAUAAUAAUAUUAAUAAUAACGAUAAUAAUAAUAUUAAUAAUAUUAAUAAUAAUAAUAAUAAUAAUAAUAAUAAUGAAUAAAAGGAAAAAAAAAAAAAGAAGGAGAAAUUUCUAGUGCCAAUUUCGUAGUUUAUAAAUAUUAUAACGAAAUUAUAAUUUUCUAUUAUAUUUUUUUAUAAUAUUUAUGAAGGAACACAGACACGUAUACACGCGUACACAUGCUUAUUUAGACGACACGUAAAAAGUAGUCGAAAUAAAGACAAAUGAAAAGGAGAAAUGCUUUUCCAUUUCGAUGAUCGAGAGAAGUGUGAACAUUUAAAAAAGGAAAGGAAAAAAUGAUAAGAAAAAAAAGGAAGAGGAAAAAUACUGACGAGUAAGAAGAGAAAAAUGAGGAAGAAGAAGAAGAAGAAGAAGAAGAAGAAGAAGGGUCGAGGGGAUCCGAUCGGUCGAGUAUCGGUCAAAACGGAAGUUAACCGAACCACGGAUAAUAAUAAUAAUAAUAUUAAUAAUAAUAAUAAAUUAUAAUAUUAAAUAUAUAAAAUAAUAACGAUAAUUGAUAACUUUAUAAUAAUUGUAUCGUUAAAUUAAUCGCCUAAUGCUCAGGCUAGUGCUAACACUAGUGAAAAGAAAUACAGAGGGGAAAAACGAAAAUAGAGAGAACGACUAGUUGUUGCGGGCUAGUCAACAGAGGCUGCUAGUUAGAAACAAAGUGAAUAAUAUUUAAUAUUGAUUACUAUUGAUAAAGUUAAGCGGUUAAAAAAAAAAAAAAAAAAAAGGAGGAAAAGAGAAAAAGGAAAAUACACGUUAUUUCACGAUGAUUAAUGAUGAUUUAAAACGAUAUAAUGGCGCGCGUGAUUAAGAGGGCGAAGAAUGGAAGAAAUUGGAAAAGAAGGAAAAGAAGAGGAGGAAGAGGAGGAGGAGGAGGAGAAAGUCGAAGAAAGAAAAACUAAAGAAAACGAGACUAUAAGAAAAAAAAAAACAAACAAAAAAGAAAACGAUUUUCCGAGGAAGAGAGGACGAUAUUUCGAGAUAGUGAGAGAUCUAUAGUUAUUAACUUACUUAGAAAUUUAGUGUAACGUCGCGCAACGAGAUAACGUAACAUCGAACUUAACGACAACGAAGGUCCUAAAACUAUAAUGUUGUAUAUUGUCCAAAAGUGCUUUCUCUCUCUCUCCGUCGACUGUACAUUGAAUUAGGGUGUCUGACGAUACAGGGCGAAUUUUUUUCUUUCUUUUUUUUUUUUUUCUUCUUUAAGCUCAACCCUUUCGCUGCCAAUCGCUGCUAAAAGAAAUUCGAAAAAUCGUUGAAAAUGUUCUUUCUUUUAAUUCUGUGAAAGCUGUGUAAUAAUGAUGAAAUUACUUUUAAUUUUCAAAAAACAAUUUCAAAGAUUAAUAAUUGUAGAAACGUAAGAUCGAAUAUCUAUGGAAUAUAUUUUGUAUAAAAAAAGAAGAAGAAGAAGAAGAAGAAGAAGAAAAAGAAGAAAAAGAAUUCUGGCAGCGUAAGAGUUGGAAAGCAAACACGAGGGGCGAUCUGUCUUAUUAUAUAUAGCGAUUCCCAAGGAACCCCUUAAGUAAUGAUGCGCUUAAUACACUCGCUAGAUGAUCAGAUAGCUUUUCGAGGUGGUUCUUCCUGGGUUUUGUUUCGCGAGAACAACCCUUUCGUUUUUUUUUUUCUCUCUUUCUCUCUUCGAGUGAGGUUGAAAGGGUGCGCGGCGUCCUUGCCCAUUAGCGACGACUGGAUCCAACGAUCGUUGAACUCGAUUGACUCGCGCCCCAUUCGUUGCGAAAUUCACUGAAAGAAAAUGGAAAGGAAGGGAAAAGAAAGAGAAAGAAAAUUGCGGCGAGCGGUUGCUUUUUAAUUUUUUCGAAUUCGAAUUCGAUUUGGUUUCCAGCGUUUUAUUUUAAAAAAUAAGAUGGCGAUCGUUCAAAGCCCAAAGCCUGGUUCAUAACUUCAUUCAUUGUAUCUCCUCCCCUGAUCGUUGAUUUGUGUUUGCUCGCUUGUCUGUGCUUCUAUAUGUGCCUUUGUAAAUUAAUAUUAAUCGUAGCGUUUAACCGUGCUCUAGAUCUAGAAUCCUUAAAAAUCUUAGUUGCGAGUGGCUUUGUAUAGAUCUCAAGAUUUUCUCGGUGCUCGGAGCGGUUUUCUGUCGUCGAAUCAUUUCAAUCAUUGUACUUAUUGUACUUGUUGCGAGACAUCCGAGUUAGAGUAGAGUUCAGUUUGCCGGAUGAAAUGUGUCCAGGAUCAAGUCGAAAUCGCGGUUAAAUGGGAAGAAUGGAGGCACCCUGUCAAUCGGUUCGUAGUGAUAGUACAAAGAAUUUUGAGACUAGCGAUAUAUCGAUAAUUAGUGUUAAAAAAAAAAAAAAAAAAAGAAAAAGAAAAAAAAAGAUAAAAGAGAAAACGAAGUGUAAGAUUUACUUACAGACUCGAGUUAAGAGAGAUGAACAAGACGAUACGAUACUACUACUAUUCCUAUAAAGAAUUGCUUCUUACCGCUACUAACGCUAUUACGAUGAGGCGACGAUGAAUACCGCUGCAACUAUAUUGUUAAUACUACAAGGGGAAGAAAAAAAACUACUACUAUUAUUAUAACUACUACUUGUACAACUAUUACCACCACCACCACCACCACCACCACCACCACCACCAUCGCCAUCAGCACUGCUGUUUAAAAAGAAGAAAUUGGGAAAAACCACUUAUCAUCACAGCACCACUCUACCACUAUUAUUAAUACUAUUACUAUUACUAAUAUCACUAUUACUAUUACUAUUACUAUUACUACUAUAAUUACUACUACUACUAUUACUAUUAUUAAUACUACUACUACAACUACUAUUACUACUACUACUAUUACUAUUACUACUAUUACUAUUACUAUUAUUACUAUUAUUACUAAUUAAUAACGCUAUAUUGUAAGCUAAACUACUACUAUGUUAACGCUACUCUUAACUAUUAAUUGUAAAACGAAGGACGACCGCAUACAGCUGUUACUAUUAAAUCGCCUAUCUCUAUGAUUAUUAAGAACAAGGCACAUCGUGCCCAGUGGGAGAGGAGGGGCGUUGCUAUUGCUGACUAUUACUUAAUUCACUCACUAACUAAACUAACUAAACUAACUAACUAAUCGCUUUAUGGUUACUACGGGAGAAGAACGAUUCUUUAGUGUAAAUAUGAAUAAAAUAUUAAUUACGACGCGAGGCGAAUAGGGUACGUAAAACGCACGCUCAGGGUGGAUCGCUCUUUGUUUUUUUAGAUUAUUAAUAAUUGUUCACUGAAUCGUUCGUUGUUACACGAUGCACAAAUGUUUUAAUUAUAUAUAUAUAUAUAUAUACAUAUACAUAUGUAUAUACCUUAAAAGAUUAAUUGUUUUUUAGAUAAAUGAAGAAAGCUUUAUUAGAACGUCUUUAUUUAAAAAAACGAGAUGGCGCCACUGCAUACUGUAAUACGAGCGAUUUAGAAGAGGGCGCUCCACUCUAGGCAUUCAUAGUUGUUACAUCACGCACAGGGGCAGAGAGACAGUCGAAUUCAUCGAUCCUUGGACCCCUAGAUCCGAUCGAUCCGAGGAUUUUGCACACUUUCUUUCGAACUCUUCGCCAACCAUCUUUGACGAUAUUUCAUUUUAUCGCGAGAAAAAGGAAAAAAAUAAUCGAGCCUCGUUAAACGAUUAGACGAUUAAUAAAUUUAUUUUAGACGAUCUAGAGCUUCCUUCGGCAAAAGUGAUUCGCGCAAAGUGUUCGAAAGAAAUCACGAUAGAUGUAUAAGGAAUUUUAAUACUUUCCUCGAUGCCAAUAGGGAUUGUAACGAGACUCUUGGUGUUCUUAUUUUGUUAAACGAAAACGCGCGGGCACUCAACGCCGAUGAUUAAUAACGAAUAACAAAAAAAAAAAAAAAAGAAAAUUUAAAAAUUCAUAGAAUUAUAACGAAACGAAACCAGGGUGGUUCGGGAUACGUGUACAUUACGCACUUCUCACCGCGUGACUUUUGUUUUUUUUUUUUUUUCUAUUUUAAUUAAAAAUUGUACGAGAUUUGUAGAAAUUGACGAUCAAGAAUCACGUAUCGAUCAAUGUAGAAUUUUUAUAAUAUUAAAAUUCGUGUGUAGUAUGUUCUCAAAGUUCCUCUUUAUUAACUUAUUAAAUUGUAAUAUUUUAUUAUAUCGUAACAAAAAAAAAAGGAAAUAGGUUUUGUAAAAGAGUAUUUAGUCGUAUUAGAAAGCUUGGGGAAAUUAUUAAAAAAAAAAGAUACGUGAUUCGGAAAUGGUCAGCGUACGAUUUCGUGGGUGCAAAUAGAGUAGAGUGCCAAUUAGGAUAGAAGGAUUACAAAGUAGUGUUAGGUCUUCCUAAUAAUGGGGUGAAAGGUCGUGGUUAGAUCGGCUUUCAAAACACAGAUUCGCGAGGAAAGAUUACUCUUAAUUUCAAAUUAUAUUUCGACGAAAUAACUUGAAAAUAUCAAAGUUUUCGUGAGUUUUUCACGAAAUAAUAAAGAUGAAUAAAAAAAAAAAAAAAAACGAAUUGAGAGAAAUCUUUCGUCGCUACGCCUGGUGAAUCGCUUUUACCAGCUGAGAGUCCAGCCAAUUGGGUUUCCGCUCAAAAAAACGGCGUCCAACGUCGAGCUCGCGUCGCGCCGAUUUCUCUCGGGGCAUCCACGUGAAAAACAUUUUCUAAUAGCGUCUCGAGCUGCCUUGAACCGAAAGUGCAUUAAAAAAAAUUCGUCCGCACGAAUCGAAAUUCCGCCGGUCGAAAUUCAUUGCGGCUGGGAUCACACGUGUCUCCGAACGAAGAGGAAAGAUCGACUCUUGAUUCUAAAAAGAAAAAAAAAAAAAAAAAAAAAAAUAAAAGAAAACAAAAAAAGUAACGAUACGUUAGUUAGAUAUUUUGUAUUUUAUAGCGACGAUGUUGUGAUAUAUCGAUUCGAACCGAUAACAAUGAACAUGAACGUCGUAAGGAUAGUUAACCUCGUUGUGCGAAUGGGAAGUUUCGUAUCUCGCUUCUAUCGUAGCAAUUAUAGAUAGACUAUUUAAUUGCAUAUCUCGUGAUAAUUUGUUACUUAAGUAGCAUCCUAGUUAAUUUAUUGAAGAGUGAUCGUUUUAAUAUUACCGCGUAGUAUUCGUAUCUAGAAAGUGAUGGUGAAAAUCGAUUUUUUUCCAACUUAACCUUACUUCCAUCCAUUUGUAAUCUAACCUUCAACGAUAAGAACUAGUUGUACGUAUUAACUGAAGCAAAGUUUGUUCGAAGGAAAAACAAGAAAGAAAAAAAAGAAAAGGAACUGUUAUCGCUUCCAUUCCCUUAAACAUCAUUUAUAAUUACUUCGACAACGAGAAGGAUAGAUCGAUGGAUGUGAUUCUCAGCCGCAAAGUUCUCUCCGGCGCGACAGUGCGCACGAGGACUUUUUCUACGUAAGAUAGAUAUUUCUCUAGUAGACUUUAGGGGGCGGGGCGACGUCGAUAUGAACGAUUAGGAGAAACAAGAAAAGUUUAAUUACGCAUCAGUCUCGCGUCUCGAUCGAAAAGAAAAAAAAACUAGGUUCGAGGAUAAAAAUAGGGGGAAAAAGUAACGAAAUAUCGACUGGAUAUCCCGAGCCACCCGCUGCUACACGGGUCAAAAAUGGAUUAGAAAAUAAAUCGAGAACAUUGUUCUUUCUUAGAAAAAUGGUAAAAGUUUGAUCGAGAGAAUUGGAAAAUCGAGACGUAUUUGAUAAUUUUCGUGCAAUUAAGCGAGUGAAAAAAAAAAGUGAAAAGAAAGAAAGAAAGAAAAAUGAUGGGUCGUUUGCGUAGAAUUUAAGCUUGUGAGGGGACUGAGAAGACGUAUAUAAUAUAUUAUAUGUAAACGCGUAGCUAACGAAUGAUUAAUUUAGCAAGAUAACCUGGUUAACGAGAUAAAAAGAAAGAAGUACGAUUGUUUUUGAUUUUUUUUUUUUUUUUUUUCCUUCUUUUUUUUCUGUUGUUGGGAUGGGUGGUUAGAAGAGGUGUGUUGCGAGAAUUUAAAUAGAUGAAUAUAGAACGCACGAGCAUGCGAGGUGCAAGUUCAGCUACGAGAAUAACGAUAACAAUAAUAAUAAUAAUAAUAAUAUUAAAUAAUAAAUAAUAUAUAUAUAUAUAUAUAAAAUUGAAAGGUACUUAACGACACACUGGUAAAUUGUAAACGACGAAAAAAAAAAACGGCGAUGAAUUAUGAACAUAGUGCGAUUAUUAUUACCUAUUAUUACGGCAAUACGAUGAUAUACAUAUAUUAUAAUGAUGAAAUACAAUGAUAUAUUUAUCGAAUAUUUAUUGAGCAAAUGAGAAUAGCACACUGUGUAGUUAUCGGUUGUACAAAGUAGGCGGCGAGGCGAAAACGCGAGCGAUUCUUUUUUUUUUCUUUUUUUUUUUUUUUUCUUUUUUUAAAGGAUCGAAAUCCUGUGGAGAUUGUUGAGGUUAGGUGUCGUCAGGAGGUCGCUAUUUUUAUAUACGAUAUUUUUCCUCGAUUUAUUAACUUUCCAUUCGCGUUGAUUCUAUUUUUAGGUUAGGAUUAAGUUAACCUCAUUUUGUGAAAGGAAAUAGAAAUUUUUCAUUUUCGAACUUCGAUUAUUUUCGAUCUUCCUUUUCGAAACGCACAAUUUCUACAAAAUAUCGAUUAUUGUUAAUUAAGUUAUGACAAAUUUUCGAAUUUAUGAUCCUCCAAGACACCAAAUCUGAGCAAAAUCUCUUUGGAAAAGGAAAGUUCAUCGAAAAAAGCACGUUGCGAGAACAAAGAGGCACGAAAUAAAACGCGAUAUGGAAUAAACACGGAAGGGAAAAGAAGAGAAGUCGAGGAAUGUCCUGACCGUCUCGGUUGGCGUGUAUUUUCGUCUCACGAUCCUUUUUUUUUUUUUUUUUUUUUUUUUACGAUUGUGAACGAGGUUCAUGUUAUAUAUCAGGGAUUAGACUAAAUAGUAUAACGAUACGCUGCGAGGGAGGUGGCAAGAAAAAAAAAAGAAACAAACGAAACGAAAAACAUGAUGAAAGACAUGGGUGAGCCUCUUUGAUUAAAAAUUUCCCAUCCCGGCAUUUUCUUGAUCCUUUUCAAAAAAUAAUAUAAAUUAAAUCUAAACCUUACGUAACCUCGUUUGAUAUCUUUCUAACCUCACUUGACGACCUAACUUCGUUAAUUAAAAAAAAAAAAAAAGAAUAGCAUAGAAUUUAAGAAAAA